AUGUCCAUGUUCAAAUCAGCUGCAGAUAUUUCCUCUUCUGAUUCACAAUCCAGUGACAGUGAGAGUGAAGAUGUGGCCAUUGCAACCACAACCUGUUCUUCGACGGAGAAGACUUCGCCCCACGGGAAGGGUACUGCGACUGCUCCAGUUUUGACCGGGGAGAGCCGUGGAACUAGCAAUCAAGCCCCCAUAGAUGGACUUGAUAUUAAUACGGAGGGACAUGCCAACAUCAUGACAGCUGCCCUCCUUGAAUUUUACUGCCUUAGUCGUGCUGCCGAUAUCCUUAAUUCCCAGGGAGGCUCGCAUAAGCGGUUCACGCGGGACUCUCCGGAAGUACAAUUCUUGGGGAAAAAGAUGUACACUUAUAAAUCACAGUUCCUGUCAUCACACGGUGUUUUGGCCAGUGGUGCCGAUAACGAUGAAUUGGGGUCCACUCGGCAGUACUACCGGGAUAAUCUGGAUAUGCUCGGCGUCUCUGCCUUAGAAGAUCUUGAUUUAGAAGAUGCUCAAGGACAACCUCCACUUGAUGGUGCGGGAAAUCUUGUCCUGGCAUCGACUACGGCAAGCUUGCAGAUUCGUUCAAAUAAGGACGUUGCAAGUUUGCCGUCACAACAGCUCCCCGAUCCUCCUGGAUUUAUGGACGUGGGUUCAGGUGCAGUGAGGAAUUUUCGACUUGACUUGAGUAGCCUGCCAACUCGGCCAUUGCCGCUUUCCGGAAGCUCGCCUGUGAGUUUUCCAUUGUUCGAUCAGAACCCACGGACGCCGACUGAGCAUAUGUCUCGGUAUUCAAUGGAGUUCUCAGAAGUCAAAAUCCUGGGGCGUGGAUCCUUUGGCGAAGUAUACCAUGUACGGAACCACAUCGACGGACAGAGUUAUGCGGUAAAGAAAAUCCCUAUUAGCCAGAAACGACUGGAGCAGCUGCAGUGUGGAAGCGAAAACCAACUCGAAAACAUCAUGAAGGAGAUAAGAACCCUCGCUCGGCUUGAGCACACAAACGUGGUGCGCUAUUACGGCGCCUGGGUGGAAAAAGUGCAUAUGCCGGCUUACCUACCAUCAGGACCACCGGCUUCUGUCAAAUUCGAAACCGAACAAGCCGCAGAUGAAUCUAUAUGCCAUGAAUCCCAUGAGGAACAGAGCUUUGGAAUCGUCUUUGAACAUUCCGAAAGUUCAACUACUGAGACUAACACGGAUUAUUUGACAGAACAGAGAUCGAUGACCUCCAGUCGGUCUCGACGUCGGAGCAGCCAUGCCAGCCAUGCCACGGUGACUUCACGUUCUUCAAAAAAGAGCUCCGCGCAUAGCUUUGGAGAGGAGGAUGAGGAGAUUGAAUCGAUCCCUCGCGAUUUUACUGGACCCUCGAUCGGCCAAAUGUCGACGUUCGGUGGCACUGACAAUGACGUCUUCACGGAUGGAUUCAGCCAUGACCCGUCAAAAUUACAGGUGCAACGGAGGCAUCGAAGCGAGGCUCAGAUUCCCGCAGUGGUCCUUCAUAUUCAGAUGUCGCUUCACCCCAUUUCUCUUAGCUCUUACUUAAGUCCCGAGCCAUAUAGAGGAAUAGGGGAUCAUCAAGAUGUGCCACGACGCCAUUGCUUUCAUUUGGUGCCGUCUUUGAAAAUGAUGCUUCGCAUUAUCUCGGGCGUUGACUAUCUCCACGCUAAGGGGAUCGUCCAUCGGGAUCUUAAACCAGCCAAUAUCUUCCUUUCAUCUCCUGAAACCAGACACUUUGAUGGAUGCCCUCCAUGUCAGCUAGUACAUAAUCAUCCUUCGCGGUACUGUCAUCCCCGAAUCGGGGACUUUGGACUUGUCGCCGACAUCUCACAUCUCAAGGAAAGCUCCCCGACGAGUCCUGGUCCGUCUAUCCACAAUGGUGGGAAGGUGCACCGUGUCGUUGGUACGGAAUUCUACCGUCCACCCUUAGUGGACAAGAGAGGAGUCACCAUGGACUUGGAACACAAUUGGGUGAACGACUAUUAUGCGAUUGACGAAACCCUUGAUAUUUACGCUCUUGGGGUGAUCCUAUUUGAGCUGGUCUAUCGCCUGAAUACCAAAAUGGAGCGACAAUUGGUCUUAUCCGAGUUGACCAGAGUUCCACACGACCACGGGUGCGUCGGGCCGUUGUUCCCCGCUGAUUUUGCCCGGAAGGUGGAUCAAGGAGAUGUGAUGCUCGAUGACCAGCAAUCAGUCGCGGAAUCAUUGAUGACUUGCAUCAAGGGCAUGCUGGACCCUAUGCCUCAUCGACGCUGGAACUGUGUGGAUACGGUGAAACAUUUGCAGAGGAUUUUAAGCGUUGCGGAGAAGGCUUGCUCGUCGGUUGCGCAUACAGAAUAG